CUCCUCCGUGACGUGCCUGGCCCAGGCCGCGCAAGGGCGCUGUAGCUGCCAGUGCCGCUGUCAUGGCGUCUGAGGCGCUGUCUGAGGAGAACCCGCCGCGGUCUCUUUAGAGCGAGGGGCGGGCGCCUGGGUAUGGAGAGCGGCCCUGAGAGCCUGCAGCCGCUAGAACACGGAGUGGCCGCCGGGCCGGCGCCAGGGACAGGUUCUCCGCAGGAAGGGCGACAGGAGACCAGGCUCGCCGCUGGGGAUGGUCCUGGAGUAUGGGCGGCGGAGAGCAGCGGCGGGAAGGGGCAGGGGGCGGCAGCCGCCGGGAGGAGCCUCUCGGACUCGGCUUCUCCCGCCGGCUCGCCUCGGGUUCUCGUACCCUGCAGCUCCCUCCCGGACUUGGACUUGAAGGGGAGCGAUUUGGAGAGUCCUGCUGCCCAGAAGGCGCCUCUGACAGGGCAGCACAAGGUGACCGCCUCCCCGGAGGCAGCUGAGGCCGGAGCCGACCAUGAGUUGGUUCCGGCCGGAGAAGCGGGCGCCCUCGCGGAUCCCGCCGGCACCUGCCGGGCAGAGUCGGCGGCCGCGGGCUCCGAGGAGCCCAGCAACGGCGGCGGCCUCAGCAGCAGUUGCAGCGACCCGAGCCCUCCCGGGGAAUCGCCGAGCCUGGACUCCCUGGAGUCGUUCUCUAACCUGCAUUCUUUCCCAAGUAGCUCCGAGUUCAAUAGUGAGGAAGGAGCUGAGAACAGGGCCCCCGAGGAGGAGGAGGAGGGAGCGGCGGUGUUGCCCCGGGCUGUGCCUCUGUGCCGAGAGGAGGAGCAGGAGGAGGGGGAGGCAGCCCAGGUGCUGGCGGCCUCCAAGGAACGCUUCCCGGGACAAUCUGUUUAUCAUAUCAAGUGGAUCCAGUGGAAGGAAGAGAACACACCCAUCAUCACGCAGAAUGAGAAUGGCCCCUGCCCUUUACUGGCCAUCCUCAAUGUUUUGCUUCUGGCCUGGAAGGUGAAACUUCCACCGAUGAUGGAAAUCAUAACUGCUGAACAGCUGAUGGAAUAUUUAGGCGAUUACAUGCUUGAUACAAAGCCAAAAGAAAUUUCAGAAAUUCAACGUUUAAACUAUGAGCAGAAUAUGAGUGAUGCUAUGGCAGUACUGCACAAACUACAGACAGGCUUGGAUGUAAAUGUAAAAUUCACUGGUGUUCGAGUGUUUGAAUAUACACCAGAAUGCAUAGUAUUUGAUCUUCUUGAUAUUCCUUUGUACCAUGGAUGGCUAGUGGACCCUCAGAUUGAUGACAUUGUAAAAGCUGUUGGUAACUGCAGCUACAACCAGCUAGUGGAGAAGAUCAUCUCUUGUAAGCAGUCAGACAACAGUGAGCUGGUUAGUGAAGGCUUUGUAGCUGAGCAGUUUCUAAAUAACACAGCCACUCAACUGACAUACCAUGGAUUAUGUGAACUAACUUCAACGGUUCAGGAAGGAGAACUUUGUGUGUUCUUUCGGAAUAAUCAUUUUAGCACCAUGACCAAAUACAAGGGUCUGCUGUAUUUGUUGGUAACAGACCAGGGGUUUCUCACUGAAGAAAAAGUUGUUUGGGAAAGCCUACACAAUGUCGAUGGUGAUGGAAAUUUCUGUGACUCAGAAUUUCAUCUGCGGCCUCCUUCUGAUCCUGAAACUGUAUACAGAGGACAACAAGAUCAGAUAGAUCAGGACUAUCUUAUGGCAUUAUCUCUACAACAAGAACAGCAGAGCCAAGAGAUCAACUGGGAACAAAUACCUGAAGGAAUCAGUGAUUUGGAACUAGCAAAGAAACUCCAAGAAGAGGAGGAUAGACGAGCUUCUCAAUAUUACCAGGAACAGGAACAAGCAGCAGCAGCUGCUGCUUCUGCUUCUACACAGGCCCAGGUAAAAACUAGUGUUCUGAUUCUUAAAUAUAAUGAUCACUUUAGCAAUAAAGAAAUUUGUGCUGAGAUAAAAACUUUUAAGUUAGGUAUUGACUCUGUUAGCAUUUUUAGCAUCCAUGGAUUUUAUGACAUUGUCCUAAGUUUGUGAUUAUCUUAAUAUAUUUCUAAUUUAGUUAAUUUUACUUUUUCUGAGGUUCUGAUGGGAAGAUUUUCCAAAUUUAUUAAGUUCUUAAUAGCUUCAAACAAUAUAAACCAAUUUGAACAAAUCUUUCCUAUCAAUUAGAAGGCAGUAUGAGGUACUGCUGGAAAGAAUGUAGACUUUGGAGCCAGACAAAUGUGGAUUUGCAUUUUCUGCUUCUGUCUCCCCUUACUAGGUGCAACAUGGACAAAGUCCUCUACGUCUCUUAGCUUCAUUUUCCCUAUCUGGAAAAAAGAAGAUUAAUACUUAACCCUUAGGUUUGUGGUUAAGAAUAAAUAAUGUUAGCAUUUAAUCCAAUGUUUGACAUGUGCUAAGUAUUCAACAAAGGUUAGCACCUUUCCACUUUCCCCAGCUAAAUGUUUUAAGCACUGAAAAUGUAACUAAGGGGGUUUCUAUUUCUUAAAUCUCAUUUCAUUAAAUGAAAAAAAUAUUCCCCUUCUUUUAUGUUUGUACCAUGCUAGAACUAUUCCUUUGAUUUGGGUAUUCAAGAAAGCUUGAUGCCCUUUAAGAUCUGAUGAAACUUUAAAUAUAGAGGUCUCUAUUAAAAUAGGUAUAACAUUUCUAUUUCUAGAAAUAUUGACUACUCCAAGCUUAAAAUUUAAAACCUACCAUGUUAUGAUUAGCUUUUCACUAAAAAAGUUCUCUCAUUGCACAGAAUACACAUUUCACACUCUGAGUCCUCAGGGGUUUUUUGCCCUCCUUUUAAAAUCUGUUUAUUAUAGUAUUUAAUGAGAUCUUGGAAAACUAUUGUAGCUUGCCAAAAGGUGUCACUUUCUUUAACAUUUCCUAAACUUUAACAUAAGUUAUCUUGAAUUUGAGUCUUCAGGCAAUAUAAUGCUAUAUGUUAUUUAUUGUUUGAAGUUCCAUUUACUUAGAAUAAUGGAUACAUUAAUUAUAUCUAUUCUGAAUGAUAGAGGCAGUUAUUCAGAUACCAUAUCACAUAACAAGUCUAUACACCAAUAGCCUUUUUCCAUUAAUAAUUCAUUUCACUCCUGUAGUUUUUCUUUCUAGAUAACUAUGCUUAAGCAUCUUGGAAAAAUUGUGGUAAUUUUUUCCUGUUUAUUUUUCUUAAAGCAAAGCCAGCCAGCACAAGCCUCUCCAUCGAGUGGCAGACAAUCUGGGAAUAGUGAACGUAAACGAAAGGAACCUCGAGAAAAAGAUAAAGAAAAAGAAAAGGAAAAAAAUAGCUGUGUCAUUUUGUAACAAGUGUGGGUCAUGUUGGAACCAUCUGUAUGUCUUCAGAAACAAAACCAUAGGAGGAAAGGAAGAAAAACCGAUAAAUACCGUCUGUGCCUGAUUUCCCAAUGGAUUUUGUUCAUGUUUUUCAGGGGGAAAGGUUGUUACUUAGUUACAAUCAGACUUUUUCAAGUCACACAGUACACUCUUUAUGAGCUGGAGUUUCAUGUUACAAGUUGAAAAUGCUGUGUGUUGUCAUUCAUGAAAAAUAAUGCACUUGUAGCCAAAUAAGCAAAUCACAGCAAAUUUGUGUCAUAGUGACAUUCAUAACUCAUAUCAGUUAGUAAGCUAUUUCAUCUUCUAUUCUAACAGUGAAUAGUAUUCAUUGUUUCCUUCCUCAAAUCUAAAUAUUAGCACAAUAAUUUCUGAAAUUAAUUUUUACAAUGCUAAAUUAUGAUCUAAUCCAUGAGAAACCAGGGGUUUAAUAUAGAUUUAAAAAGAAAAGAAAAGACACAAAUAACAAGAAUAAAUAACCCUCAAUUGUAUAUUGGACUAGUUCAGCCCUUGAACAGCUUUACCUUUCUUUAGGAAUGUACAUUUUAGAUAUAUCUUGAGAACUGAUAAUGGAGCUUGGAUUUAAUUUAGAUAGAAAAAAAAAAGAUUUGUAUUUCUUUUCCAAUAAAAAAAAAUUACAUAACACCAAUACUCAUCAAAAUCAAAUCUUAAUAACUUUGUAGUGUUAUAAAAUUUGAGGAAUUUUGAAAUCUUUAAUAAAGGUUACUUGGACCACAGUUACUAUUUAUUGAUAGUGUGAUAAGUGAGUAUAAAGAGGAAACCACGUGGAUGCUAGGCCUUGUAAAUAUGGAGAUGUAGAAAUAGAAAAGGAGAUAGUUCAGUGUCUACCUUUUUCUAAAAUUACCUUGAACCUUAAAUUUUAAAUGUUUAUUUUCUAGAAAAUUAAGUAUACUUAUUAAAACCAACAAAAAAGCACAUUUUUGAAAGGAUGUUAGAUACUCUCUCAGUCUAGUGGAAAAACAUUAGUAAAAAUCUGUUAGAGGAUAAGAAUCUGGAGGAAUUUAUGUAGAAGCAAUCAGAUUAUUCUAACUUAUGAGAACCAAAUAAACCUAUAACAUCUUAUAGUGUUUCUAGGAUUCAGAAAGAAUAUUUAUUGAACUUUAUUAUGAGGCAACACAUAUUUUCCUGUAUUUCUAUAGUUUGGAAAACUAUCCUUAAUAGUCCUUUUUAUAUGCUUUAUAUUUAAAAGUUUGUUUUAGUCAUUUUUGAAAAGACUGUUGCUGCUGCAAGUAGUUACGUGAUUUACACUCUAAGCCUCAGUAAAUUUGUUUGUUCAAGAGCAUCUUAAUCUAACCUGAGCAUCCACUUGGAGAAUGCUUUUUGUGGUCUGGGGUGACAAAAGACUACAAAAAAAAUGUGGUCUUGAUUUCUUAAGCUAUGUCCUUAACAUUCUCCGUGAUCCAGGACCAGAUAUAAGAUAAAUCUAUAUGUAAAAAGUAAAGUCUUAUUUAUGGAAGAAAUUAUUCUAAGGGAAAUAUCCAGGGUCAAGCUGUAUCUUUUACAUCCUUCUAUAUUGCAUGUCUGUUUAUGUUAUACCAUUUGUUAUUCCUUCAAAUUUCAUAUGCUAGCAUGAUAAGCCAUCAGAGAACCUGUUUGGGGUAUAAAACUUUCAUAUAAAAUAUUUGGUUAGUCUCUUAAUAAUAACCCAGAAUAUGUGUAUAUUGCUAAAGUAAUCAAACGUACUACAGAAUUCUCUAUUGGCUCAAACAAGUUGAUUUUUAGGCCAAGUUUAUUCUUUAUAUCACUCUGUUGGUUAAAGGAGGAAACUCAAACCUCAGUGUUUGUUUUUCCCAGAACAGAUAGUAGUGGCAGUGCAUUAUAUUUUAUUAAAGCAAAACAAUAAAUCCUUAGAAAUUUUAAAAAACAUAUUUGAGGCAUAUUUUUCCAUAAUUAUAUACUUAACUAUUUAUUGCCCUUGCAACAUAUAUGUGUAGAAGGUAUUCUUCUGUUAAUUGUUAACUGUCUUAAUUUGUUCCAAAGAUAACACUGCCAUUCUGCAGUCCCAUUAGAAGAAAAAAAAAUUCACUCACAACCAGCAGUGCUGCUAUCAGAUAAGUAAAUGUCAACGUAUAUUUAUAAGAAAUAACUAAGAAAUGUAAUGUGUCUGUUAAUUCAACCUUUUUCUAUGUAAUAUUUCCCAGUCAGGCUUUCUUACAUUCCUGGAAUUCAGUUUGAUAUACCAAGAGUAAUAAUGAUAAAAUGUUUACUUUGAAUACUGUGGGGGAAAAUUAAAUGUUCAAUUCUAUUUAAAAAAAAAAAAAACUUCUGAGAGAUACUGGUUUCCCAUCCUUGAAAGUUAUAAAGAAUUUAGAGCUAUUAUGUCUUUAUUUUGCUCAAGUCAACAAAUUACAUAUUCAGACAUUUCAUUGUUGGUUUAGGUACACUGGAAUUUGAUAGUGGUAUAUUAAAGUCUUUCCUUCACAGUAUUUUAUAAUGCUUGAAAACUGUUACAUGUGCACUGCUAGUAGAAAUUAGAACUUAAACAUUUUUGUUUUUAAGAUUUAUAGGCUAGAUUAGAGACACAUUUGCAUCAACCAGUCACCUCUUCUGCAACCAGAGCUAGCAAAAGAAGCAGAUGAAUGAAUGGAUAUGGUCAUUGAACUGUCUCAUACUUCAAAGACUUUUCCUUAAGAGCUCAACCAAGACAGUUCUAAAAGCCCUGGACACCAGUUCCUAAAGCUGAUGCCGAAGUUCCCCUUCUCCUACCCCAAGUGAUUCAACUAUAUGAAGUUAUUAAUAAUCAGUUAACUAGAAAAUUACAUUAAUCAGAGCAUCUCAUCCCACUGGCAAAAGACGGCGUUUCUGAAACUAAAAUGACGUGUUGGAGCAGUGAUGAAGAAAACUCUACUACUCAUAAAACGAAUAUUUUAGAAUUUUUAGUCGUCUUAUCCUAUACUUAAGGAAUGCACCACAUACCUUACUUGUCACGAGACUGAUCUGUCUCCGCUCCACUCCAUCUCCCAGAUGCCUGGCAGCAUAUGCUGCUGCUGUUGCCUUCUCAGUUCCUCUCGUUCUCGAGCAAUACGUUCAGCUUCCUUACGUCGUUCCUUCAGACAACAUAGAAGGAAGAACCAACCAAUGCAAAAUGAAAACAUAAGGUUUCUCAGAUGACCUCUUCUCUUCUUUUUUGACUGAGGCUUGUGUCCUGACCAUACCACAACACGCAAGAAAACAACAAAAUGAGGACUACUUCAUCAGUGUACCAAGAAAGUCUAUAUGCUUAUCAACAAAGUAAAUCCUUACUUGCUACUUC